UCUGCGACGCAGCGCUGCUGCAAUGGUUGCCCCUUUUGUUCAACCCAAAUUCCCAAAUUGUUCCACACACAAUGCAAUUAUCUGGAUAUGUAAUUGUUUCAUACAAUCAUUUCCCUGCACUUACGCCUCCCGUGGCCUCAUCUGGGACUAUCUAAUGCAUUAAUACCGAGCCGCAUCCCUCCCGAGCUGGUGUGAGCUUCCCGAAGCACGCAGUCUGUAAUGAGGAGCGUGGAGUAAUGUAAACGUAAAUACUAUCUCUCCCAGCGGUGGCUGUUGACACAAUGGGACUGGAUUUUGAUGUAAAGACAUUCUGUCACAAUCUUCGGGCCACCAAGCCGCCCUAUGAGUGUCCUGUGGAGAGUUGCCGUAAGGUCUACAAGAGCUACAGUGGCAUAGAGUAUCACCUGUACCACUAUGACCACGACAACCCAACUCCUGCGCAAACUGUGCCCCAGAAGAAGAGAAAGGGACGGCCUCCUCGUGCCUCACUGGCUGGUUCAGGGGACACUGACGAUGGUGGAGGUAAUGGAGGUGGAGGACCGGGUCACGAAGGGAACACACCUUGUAGCCCCAGUCGGUCGGAGCGCUCUCACUCGCCAGGCAGAGAGACUAUGACCUACGCUCAGGCACAGAGCAUGGUGGAGCUGGAGAUCCAAGGGCGUGUUCACCGGAUUAGCAUCUUUGAGAACUUGGACGUGGUGUCAGAGGAAGACAGUGAUGCGGAGGAUGGGCUGCCAUCAGGAACUGGUAGUAGUGGUGGAGGAGUGUGUAAUGGUAGUGAUGGUGGAGCUGGAGGAAGUGAAGUAGGAGGAAGCGGCAAGGAUCGUUCAGAUAUCCCAUCUUCUAAUGGGGGCAAAGCUACUCCAAAGACUGGAAAGCAUAAGAGUAAAGAAAAGAAGAAAGAUGGCUCAUCUCAUCAUCACAAUGCACAGUCCGGUCCAGCAGUUAAGCUACCAGAGGCCGUGUUUAUAGAACUUCACCAGGAGAGACCCGAUUGCCCUCCGCGGCCAUCAUCUUACUACAGGUAUAUCGAUAAGUCAGUGGAGGAGCUGGAUGAGGAGGUGGAGUACGACAUUGAUGAGGAAGAUUACAUCUGGCUUGGCAUCAUGAACGACAAGCGGCGGCGUGACGGUGUCCCACCCAUCCCUCAGGAGGUUUUUGAGUAUCUCAUGGACCGCUUGGAAAAGGAAUCCUACUUUGAGAGCCACAACAAGGCUGACCCAAGUACGCUAAUCGACGAAGAUGCUGUCUGUUGUAUCUGUAAUGAUGGAGAGUGUCAGAACAGCAAUGUGAUCCUGUUUUGCGACAUGUGCAAUUUGGCGGUUCACCAAGAGUGCUACGGUGUGCCCUAUAUCCCAGAGGGUCAGUGGUUAUGUCGUCGCUGUCUGCAGUCGCCCAGUAGAGCGGUGGACUGUGCUCUUUGUCCUAACAAGGGCGGUGCUUUCAAGCAGACAGAUGAUGCACGCUGGGCUCAUGUAGUGUGUGCCCUCUGGAUCCCAGAGGUUUGUUUUGCCAACACAGUUUUUUUGGAGCCCAUUGAUAGUAUCGAACACAUCCCUCCUGCUCGCUGGAAGCUCACCUGCUACAUCUGCAAACAGCGUGGUUCAGGCGCCUGCAUCCAGUGUCACAAAGCGAACUGCUACACAGCUUUCCAUGUCACCUGUGCCCAGCAGGCAGGCCUCUAUAUGAAAAUGGAGCCUGUUAGAGAGACUGGAGCCAAUGGCACCUCUUUCAGCGUCCGCAAGACGGCAUACUGUGACAUCCACACACCCCCCGGAUCAGCCCGACCAUUAGGAGGAGUGGGCGGGGGUAGCAUGGGGUCAUCCAACAGUGAAGGAGAGCUGGAGGAAGACGACGAGCCAAGUCUCGGCCACGAUGAGGACUCAAAGGGAUGGAGUUCUGAACGAGCAAAGAGGGCGAAGGCAAAAUCCAGACUGAAAAUGAAAAGAGCGAGGAAGAUCUUAGCAGAGAGGAGAGCUGCUGCACCGGUGGUGUCUGUUCCCUGCAUACCUCCUCACAGGCUCAGCAAAAUCACAAGUAACUUGACGGUACCCAGGAAAAGCCAGUUCAUGCAGCGGCUCCACAGCUACUGGACCCUGAAGAGACAAAGUCGCAAUGGCGUGCCUCUUCUGCGCCGGCUUCAGACUCACCUGCCAUCGCAACGGCAUGUCGAUCCACAUCCACCACAGCCUUCGACGCAACUUGCUCCGAGGGACAGCGAGGAGAAACAAUCUGCUUUAAAGGAGCAACUGAAAGCCUGGCAGAGACUGAGACACGACCUGGAAAGAGCGAGGCUGCUAGUGGAGCUCAUCCGCAAGAGGGAGAAGCUCAAGAGAGAGACGAUUAAAGUCCAGCAGAUGGCGCUGGAGAUGCAGCUGACUCCCUUCCUGGUGCUUCUGAGGAGCACGUUGGAACAGUUGCAGGAAAGAGACACUAACAACUUCUUCACUGAUCCUGUCCCCCUCGAGGAGGUACCAGACUACCUGGAACAUAUUGACACUCCGAUGGACUUUCAGACCAUGUGGAACCUGCUGGAGUCUCACCGCUACCUCACUUUUGAGGCCUUUGAGGCGGAUUUUGGCCUUAUCGUCAACAACUGCCUCAAGUACAAUGCCAAGGACACGGUGUUUUAUCGUGCUGCCCUGCGGCUCAGAGAGAUGGGUGGCGCUGUUAUCAGAGCGGCAAGGCGCCAAGUUGAGCGGAUUGGCUUUGAUUGUGAGACGGGUUUGCACCUCCAUCGUGAGCCGAGCCCUGAGAGUCAACGCGAGCAAGAGAGAGACAGAGAGCGGGAGCGGGAGCGACAGCGGGAACGGGAGCGGGAGCGAGACAGGGAACGAGAACGAGAACGAGAACGAGAAAGAGACAGAGACAGAGAAAGAGACCGACCUUUGUCUUCUAAUGAAGAUGACCUGCUCCUGCCAGAGAACAGGCGGCGGCUUCCUCUAGAAGAGCAGCUGCAUUACCUGCAGGCACGGCUGGACGACGUCAGCUCAGGGAAGCACAGCAUCGGCCAGUCGCGCAGAGCCAAAGCUCUGAGAAAGGAGAUCAGUGUGAUCAAGAGGAAACUCGCACACCAGCGGGAAGGAAGUUCCGGCAUGGGGGGCCGGGAAUCUGUGGGAGACCGAGGUUCUUCUCUCCCUCACCACUCGUCAUCUGCAGGGCACCACGAUGAAGGGGGAGAGAGCAGCAGUCAGGAGAUUGGUGGAAAGGAUUUGAGUGUGUCCUCAUCUGCCCUAGCUCCAGAGGUCGGCCGUCGGACUUCUGUCCUUUUCUCUAAGAAGAACCAAAGAAUUGCUGUACCCCCUAAAAGGCCAGGACGCCCCCCGAAGAACCGGGAUGCUGGUUAUUCUGGGGGGCCGGUGGGCCAAAGUCCCAUCGGGCCCCCACAGCUGGCCUUGCUGUCGACAAGCAGGCAGAGGAAGAGGCCGCGCAGCCCUCGCACCAGCUCCAGCUCCGACAGCGACAGCGACCCGGAUGACCUGUUGCCAGGUUUGCCAAGCAACGGUUUCGAUACAGGAAACCAACCAGUAACUGAAAGCUUCCGCGUGUACAGAAGUGAAUCGCGGCUCCCGCGUUCAAGCUCAGACUCUGAGUCCACAACAAGCAGCAGCAGCAGUGCAGCUUCUGACAGGACCAGCACAACCCCGUCUAAGCAAGGCAGAGGAAAGACGUCAUUCUCCCGCUCCACCUUCCAUGAGGACAGUAGUGAGGAAACGUCAGGGACAGAAAAUGAUUCAUACUCAGUUGGAGGAUCACGGAGCGUUUCACAUUUGGUGCGUGGCCGGGAGAGGUCAGGAUGCUGGAUGGCAUCGGAUGACUAUACUUCUCUGGAAGCUCUGGACCUGGUGUGGGCCAAGUGCAGAGGUUAUCCCUCCUAUCCUGCUCUGAUAAUUGACCCAAAGAUGCCCAGGGAGGGGGUGUUUCACCGAGGUGUCCCAAUCCCUGUCCCUCCUUUGGACGUGCUAAAACUCGGAGAGCAAAUGACGCAAGAGGCCAGAGAGCACCUGUUCCUGGUCCUCUUCUUUGACAACAAGAGAACUUGGCAGUGGCUGCCACGCUCCAAGCUGGUGCCGCUCGGCGUGGAUCAGGAGCUUGACAAGGAGAAGAUGCUAGAGGGCAGGAAAUCCAACAUUCGUAAAUCUGUGCAGGUGGCCUAUCACCGCGCCAUGCAGCACCGCAGCAAAGUACAAGGGGACCCCAGCAGCGAAACCAGCGACAGUGACUGAACGCAAACACAGAGUCAAACACAAAUGACACGCCGGUUCCCUGCACGUGUCAUGGAGUUUAGGGCAACCCACAUCACACAACACAAAACAAGAGUGCCAGUAGCAAAGUGUUGGGAAAACAGCAGUCGCUACUUUGUCCCCAAGAAUCUCACAUUGAUGCACAAAUAGAUGUUAUUUAAUCCAACCUGUAAAAUUAUGUAUUUAAGAGGAUUGAAAAAAAAAAGAUAAUAAUAAUGGUGGAAAAAUAUAUGUUGAGAAUCAUGAAUCAAAAAUAUUCCUUUUACGUGGUCAAUAUGUUUGAUAACAAAUGAGAGGUUUACAAGUCAAACAAAAUUGUAUAUUAUUACAAUAUGAUGCAUCCCACUUCCCCACACGUACAGUCACACACGUGAUCUUACAUUUGAACAGGGAAAUGCAUGUGUUAUAUGUGAAAUGCACACACUGUGGGCAUGGCUGGGAAUGCCUUUCCUCCCAACACGUCUUCUUCAGACCUGUCAUCUGGUUCUCUAAAAGAAAAAAAAGAAAAACAGGCCUGGUGCUAUUGUUUAGUCAUUGUCAGUGGAGCACAAACAGAGACUGAUGCAGCCUGGCUUCGGGCAAACCAACGUUACUGUAAUUUAUUCUUGUUAACAAGGUCCACGCCAUUGUUUUAUCAUGGACAACUUCUUAUCACUCCGGCUGCACUAAUGAUAGUCUGGUGGUCUUUUCUCUGUCAGUCUUUGGUUCCUGUUUAGUUUUUUUUUUUUUUUUUUUUUUUUUUUUUACAUUUUUGUUAACAUAUGUACCUGUCACUUGUCUUCGAGCUGUUGGCCAGUCAAUAAUGAGGACUGAACUGAAACACAAUUUCCUCACUGUUUUAGUCUCAGGCUGAUGGCGUUAGAAUUUUUAUAUAAACAAAUUGCAUAAAA